AUGCACACGAGACAACUGAGUGAUUUUGCUGAUGAAUGUAAGCAGUUUGAUACGACAGAUGCUAUUUAUAGAACAGCUAAUGGCCGUUGUAACAAUGUCGCUCAGCCAGAUUGGGGAUCAGCAGAAAUCCCCUUUGAACGACUUCUCCAAAAUUCAUACGAAGAUGAAUAUAUACCAGAGAUCAUCGGUGUGACUGGAGCUGAACAAUAUCAACUUGAUGAGGGCAAUUAUACUUACGACCCUGCGGUCAAUCCCAGUAUAUACAACUCUUUUGCUACGGCUGCGUUUAGAUAUGGACAUUCAACCAUCGCCAUCACAAACAAGUUAUUUAUAACAGAAACAGGAAGUUUAGAUCUGAUAGCCUUGAACAUCCAACGUGGUCGAGAUCACGGUUUACCUUCCUACAAUGAUUUCAGGGAACACGUUUGUGGUUUACCAAGAAUUAGUAAUUUUCAAAGCCGUGCCUUUAGAGAUUUUGGCGACAUUCUGGCUGAUGUUUAUGAGUAA